GUCCCCCGCCGCCCGCACCGCCGCGACUCUGCCGCGGGGACUCAGUGAGGAUUAAAGGACGCCCGUUCGAGGAGCUGCGGACGUUCAAGGCUAGCGAAGGACGGCCAUCAGGCCCCUUCACCCUUGUUUCAGGUUUCAGGGACUGAUCCUUUCUCAGUCCCUGGAUUGAUCUUCCUGCCCCCGGGAAGUGAAAAGAAUGAACUUUUGGAGGUAUUAUCUCUUUGCGUUCACUGUGCUCAGUGUGGUUUUUUUUGUGAUACGUUACAACAGCCGACUAAGCCUGCCCAGGAGGAAGGUGAACGGCUCCAGUGAGAGGCAUUCUGUACUAAGUGCCUGUGAGGACGCCUUGGAAGACAAGUCCACUGUCCCCUGGGAGAAGACGUUGAUAUCAUCUUUGGGAAGUGUCCCCUGCAAGGACUACCUGAUCGAGAACCACUACAUCACAAGCCCCCUGUCGGAGGAAGAAGUGGCGUUCCCCUUGGCCUAUGUCAUGGUCAUCCAUAAGGACUUUGGUACCUUCGAAAGGCUCUUCAGGGCCAUCUACAUGCCCCAAAAUGUCUACUGCGUCCAUGUGGACGAAAAGGCGACAGCUGAGUUUAAGAAAUCAGUGUGGCAGUUACUGAGCUGUUUCCAAAAUGCAUUUAUUGCCUCAAAGAUCGAGCCCGUGGUCUACGCGGGAAUUUCCAGGCUCCAGGCUGACCUGAACUGCCUGCGGGACCUGGUGGCCUCGGAGGUCCCGUGGAAGUACGCCAUCAACACCUGUGGGCAAGAUUUCCCCCUGAAAACCAACAAGGAAAUAAUCCAGCAUCUGAAAGGAUUUAAAGGGAAAAACAUUACCCCGGGCGUGCUGCCCCCAGCUCAUGCAAUUGGACGGACUAAGUAUGUCCACCAGGAGCACAUAGGCAGAGAUGGCUCUUUUAUGAGAAACACUAACGUUUUGAAAACCUCACCUCCACAUCAGCUGACCAUUUAUUUUGGCACUGCCUAUGUGGCCCUGACCAGAGAGUUUGUCAACUUCAUCUUUCGUGACAAAAUGGCCAUUGAUCUACUACACUGGUCAAAAGAUACCUAUAGUCCUGACGAACAUUUCUGGGUGACGCUUAAUAGGAUUCCAAGGCCAAAGGAAAUUGGCAGCUACGGUGGUCUUUCCUGCAUUGUUUUCCGGCCGACUUUCCAGUUGUACCAAUGUUCAGCACCACCACUAAACUGUGUCCCUGGCUCCAUGCCAAAUGCAUCCUGGACUGGUAACCUCAGAGCUAUAAAGUGGAUCGACAUGGAAGACAAACACGGAGGCUGCCAUGGCCACUAUGUACGGGGCAUCUGUAUCUAUGGAAACGGAGACUUAAAGUGGUUGAUUAAUUCACCCAGCCUUUUUGCUAACAAGUUUGAGCUUACUACGUACCCCCUUACUGUGGAAUGCCUAGAACUGAGACUUCGAGAAAGAACCCUAAAUCAGAGUGAAACCGCGAUACAACCCAGCUGGUAUUUUUGAUCAACUGCAAUUCAUGAUUGAAGGGAAGUCACCAUUGGAAAACAGAGCCUUUGUGAGGGGACUUUGCCUUGGUAACAGUUUCAGGACUGAGGCCGUGGCUUCAGGACCUGGCCGCCCACUGGGCUCUGGGAACCACACUAACAGGAUCCUCCGAGGCUGUUUCCUGACGCUCACCUCUGUGCCAGACUGUUGUUCCCGUCAAUGACCUGUCAAUGCCAUCACACCUUUGCAUCAGAUACUCACCAUAUAUAAAUGUUCUAAUCAAAAGGAGAACUGUAGGUAAUAUUUUAGGAAAAUAAGAACCGGGUUUCUUUGAAGAAGGAAUCUUUGGUCACAGACCUAUAGCCAUAAAUUAAUGGACACCACCCUUCCUUGCUUAGCUGCACAUAGACGUAUAAGCGGCUCUCUGGGUAACUCACUAAUCUUUAAAACUUGAGCUACUAGAAAUGAGAACUAGAUCCUGUUGCUGAGUUUUAACACUAGCAUUUUCAGUGUACUUGCCUGGAGUUCUGUGCGGACUAUAAAGUCGUCAGCAGGAGGCGGGAUGUGCUUUAAGCAGCCACUGCCCGCUGCUCCGUGCGUCAGCAUGGGCUCUGCUCCCCCCUGCAUCAUUGUUCACUGAGAAUGCUGGAAGGUUUUCCCAGCAUGAAGAUACUCCUAGAAGACAGGUGGUAUUGCAUGGAUCUCGUCUCAUCUCACGCCUCAGAAUGAAUCACUUCCCUCUUCUGCCACCACCCUCCACCCCCACCCCCACCAAAGUUAUCUUACUUGCAAAAUGGAGUCCAGUGCUCCCCUGGGAGGCUUCAGCAGUUCCCUAGUGUUCUCUGAGUGGCUUGCCAAUGCCUGGUGCUGAUAAGAAUGCCUAGAUUUUUAAGAGCUUCCAGUUGUGGGUGAGCAUCUCUGCCGUUGACCCCUGUGUCCAUUCCCUCAUCCAGUUCAUUCAGCAUGCAGUCGUAAAUAUUUCUUGCGUGUCUGUUCCACACUAAACACAUGCUGAGACAAAGCUUUUCACUCUAAAAAUCUUGGUAAUAAUGUUGACGUUGGAAGGCUGCUCUAGGGAACCCUAGAUAAUGGUUGUAUUCGAAGGCAUUCACAUGGAGGAUUGUGGAUUGUGAUAUCGGGCCAUGGAUCUCAGUAAUUACAAGUUGAGGUUUAAAUCAGAGAUCAAAAGAGAGGAGGGAAGGAGAUGGAAGCUGAAAAGCCUGUGUUCAAGGCAUUCAGACUUCACAACACCCUUGUGAGGGCCUCAUCCCCGUUUUGCAGAUGAGGAAAGUCAGGCUUAGAGAGGUUGUUACUAAACAUUAGAAAACAAGGUCUCUGUCUGACACUGGGAUUCCCCGACUGGUCUUAGUUCAUUUCCUGAGGUGGAAUAUUAGAGAAGGUGAAGAAUAGCCAUAUUCAGUAUACCAGAGAAGGGCGGUUUUGAGAAUGGUCUCAGUGUUAAUAUUGAGGAAAAGUCCUGCCACCUCAGAAAAAUGUGAAGUCUACUUUUGUAUUCCUCUGAUCCACUGAGUUCCUUAAUAGUUAUUUAUUCUGAUGAAAAACAGUGGCAACGACUAAUGAUGCAUUUAAUUAACACAUUUUUUUCCUUUUUUCUGUUAUUGUGCCUACUGAAUGUUAAUCAUAUUUAAAGGGAGUAACUCUGAAAUAAAGCCUUCUUUGUUCCUGCUGCUUAAAAAGAUGGAAGUGGCCCUGGCCAGUUUGCUCAGUGGUUAGAGCGUCGGCCCUGGAAUCAGUGAGUCGCGGCUUUGAUUCCGGUCAAGGGCACGUAC